AUUUUUGAAAUACUACCAUACUUCACAUUACUUGUGCCUUUUUUGGUGCUAACUAAAAUGUGGAAGAUGCGGAUGCACCAGGAAAUGAAGCAAGAUGAAGUGGAACUUUCCAGUUCAAUGGAGGCCUUCGAGCGCUUGAAUAAAUACACCGACCAAAGAUUGAAAGCUGAAAUUGUAGUCCAAAAAUCAAAAAUGCAAAUACAGGACGGUUCCAGCAAUUGAUCUAUAUAUAUUGCGUUUUUUAAUAUUAAAGCCGAAAGCUUCAUCGGCUUUCAUUAAGAAUGUCUCAUAUUGGACUGGACAGUUAAACAAAACAAAUGAGACGCGCGCACUUUGUCCGCUAACGCUGUAAAAACCGUUAGAUUUUUUAUCGUUUGGCCAGUGUACCCCUUUUUUUUUAAGUCCACAUCCGUCACAUUGUAUAUAGUAUUUAAAAACAUAUUGCAACACACAGGAAAACGAACUGGUAUUUGUGUUUAUUAAAGCUAAAAAUCACUUAACAUCGAUCGCCCCGGUGUAUUGUGUCCAUAAAAAUACAGAAUAAUAUCGAAUACUCACAAUAAAAUUAUCGGCGAUGUUAAGAUAUUCUAUGUUUUUUAUAACCGUGUAGGCAACUCUGGUGGAAAGGCGACAAUGCCAAGUUAUUAAAUCGGCACUUGUAUUUUUUGUUUGUUUUUAUCCAAAAUUUUUCGCACAAUGGACGAGUCUGAACUACUUUUUAACUUGUUUUACUUUUUAUUGUGCAUGUGUAUCAUAUAUCCGCCUGAAGAAUUCCAGCGGCUAGGCCUAACCAUAGAGCAGCUGUUCUCGCGAUUUCUUGGUGAAGAAUUUUUGGAUUUCGUCGGGUAUCAUCAGCGACGCACAUCUCUCAAUUUUUUCGUUCAUUGCUGCCUGCCUGCGACGUAUUUUUUUAUACACCGUAUAAAAUUCUCUGUAUUUGCCACGCAAGCACCAUUAGAAGACUCCGAACUCGACCCGGAUUUCCCAAUGCCACAGGAAGCCGUGGCAUUUAAAACACUCACGUGGAAGACUGCACAACGUUUUAGUCUUUUGGCUGUUCUGGCAGUACCCGCCAUCAUAUUUAAUUGGCACCAACAAAGAUGGCGACGACAUCCAAUCAGCCAGACAUUGAGCAAGUAUGCCAAUACGCCGGGUAGCUACGAUGCGGUAGCUAGCGAUAUUGGCAACGAGUUUCGACGCCCGGACAUCUACAAAAAGAAGCUGAACUCUAUUAGUACAAUCAUCGCGACGCAGAACUGGAUAAUUAAGACAACGCUAUAUAAUGUCCACUUUGCUCAUCAGUCAAACACCGCGCUUAGCGUGGCCAAGGCUGAAACCUAUAAUAUAUCGCAGCACGAUCAGAACGAUACACUUCAGAUGAUAAGCAUUAUUGUGCAGCCUAAUCGACAAGGUGUGUCCGAUUUCCACAUACGUAUUAAUGCGUUAGAGUUUCGCAACUUAGAAGAUCGGGUGCGUCGUCCUAUUACCAUACCGUCGAAUAUUCAGUUUCAUCGAAGCGUUAUUGAUCGUUUUGUGGACGUGUUCAAAGCACAAGUAGCGCUCAACCCUAUCUUUAGCUCGGAGCCCAUUACGGACAAGUGUUUUGCCUGCAUGCUAGCUGAGCCGAACAUAAAGAUUAACAAACAGUGUGCCGAUGUAGAUCGUUCUGGUGUGCCACUGGCGACUGAUGCCUGCUGCUCAAACUGCUACUGCCGUCCUAUGUGGUGUGUGGAAUGCCUAGCUCGAUGGUUUGCAGCAAGACAAAGCGACGUCGAUCGCGAAGUAUGGCUGGAGCAAAAGUGCACGUGUCCCAUGUGCCGUGCCAAAUUCUGUGUGCUUGAUGUUAGUUAUCUAAGAGCUCAGGACACCAGUGGCAAUGCACCGUCGACUGCAAACGAUGAUAGCACGUGAUUCGGCAAAGGACAAAAUCACUGUUAACAACGCACAACUCCCAGACUUAUGCCCAAUGCUGUGGUAAACAAGAAGGUGACUACUCAUUAAAUCGAACCCUUUGCUGCUUUUUGCAAUUAUUUAAGCAUAAACUUUUAUUAACCUUAAGACAUACAUAAUUGUAUAUGUAUGGUUAGACAUAUUAAAAAUAUGAAAACAAUUUAGUGCAAUUAUCACGUUUUAAUACUUAUAAAUAACUUUUUAACAUAUAAGAGAU